AUUUUGAGACGUUAUUUUAUAGUUGUUUGGAGAUGAAUUUCAGAAAAUUCAGUCAAGUUCUUGCCUCCCUCAUUCAUCUUGGCCAAAGGGCCUUUUUGUAAUUUAUUUUGCUAAAUAUUUCCCAAUUACAUUUUAAUCUGGUUCAGGCCGACAGUUGUGGACAGUAUGUAUUUGAUCCCUCUUCUUAGGAUCUUUCUGCCAGAGACUCUGGUGUGGUGUGGUAGUUGUAUUUUAGAAUUCCUGCCACAUAGCUUUAGAUCUUUUUCCUCUAAAAUGAAGGAAAACUUUCUCCAAGAUUUGUCCAAUUUUCCUUCCUGUAUCCUAAAAUUUAUUAAGAUUCUCUGCUCUCUACCAAAAGUGAGAAAUAGACUAUUUUGCUUGCUACUCUAUGCUUUGGCUAUUUUUGAAGCAAAACAAAACAAAACAAAACAAAACUUACAAAAUGUCCAAUAACUAUCUUUCCAAGCAGUGGCUAUAGAUUUUGCAAAAUAUGGAAUUCUACAAAACAAAGAACUUGAGUAGAUAGUGAUUAGCUGGGGGAAUUAGGAGAAGCAAGAUGAUGCUGGGAGGUGUUGAAUAGUCAUCAAAACUCUGAAAAAAUUUGUAAGGAGUUUGUAUUCUCAGGAUAAGAACAGAGUAGUUUCCUAAGUAGGCUGCUGAAGAUGUUGCUGCCCAUACCUCCGUGGACAAAAGAAAAGUGAACUAACCAACCUACUAAUCCAUCAUCAAACCACAAAAACUAGCAACCCUUCCAAUCAACAUUCUCCUGCCAAACACUGUUUCUAAAGAUGCUGUAAUGAAAAGGCAACUCCAGAGGAACCGCAGACUGGUCCCUGUUCUCGUUUCCUAAAGUCUUAUCGUCUAUCUUCUUUUUGGAUGUCGACUUUAGAAUGGAUAUCCUGCUUGGGGGCAUUGACCCCUCCCUUCCUGCUUCUAGUUCCUGAGAAUGGCCCUGGAAAACUGGUGUGACUGAUUCCCUGAGUUUCAUGGAUGCUUUUCCUUCCUCUUUCCCUUCUUCCUUCUUUCCCUUCUUUUCUUUCUUUUUUUCCCUCUUCAAUGGUAUUGAGGCUAAAUAGGAACCUCUAGACUUCAUUUGGAGACUCAGGCUCCUGCAGCUUUCUCUCUGUGCAUGUUUGUUUCUUCACUGUCUCACUUGGACCAUAAGCUUCUUAGUUGUACACCUCCGGUCCGCUGCGGAAAGCUUCCUGAUCUGAAUUGGUCUUUGUAAAGUUUUUCUGCUGCUUAUUGCUCGCGAGAACUAAUAGGAUAAAAGAAAGGUUUGGAAGAGUGAUCAGGAGUAUGAGGUGGGAGAAGCCUGAAGGGAAAUGUGAUGGCCAUCCACUUUCACAAAGGAUUUAGCGGCAUAGACUAGAAUUUCCGUGGUUUCCCCGAGAAUCGUGAAAAGUUUCUGCGGGCCUUGGAAAUUUGGGAGAGAGAGGGCCCUCCAACUAUAAUUUAACAGUCGUAGGAAAAGAGUUAUAACUGACAAAUCUCAUUAUUUGGAAGUGUGUAUGGGUGGAUGAGGAGAUAAUUAUUAGUGUGUAAGCAUCAAGUAAGCUUAAGAUUCAAGAAAAUUAUCCCUUCUUUAAAGUGUCAGGAAGCUUAACUCCCUGGAGCAGUAUCCCUCUAGUUUCAGGACUGGAGGAAGGCUCACGCCACCGUUAGCCCCGCUUCUUUUCCCAUCACUCAGCAACGCGCUUCCAGAAGCUUUUACAAAAGCUGCAGAGAGAAAGGAGAAACCUCCCUAGUGCAUUCUCUAGCUCCCGGGGGAAGAAAGCCGCAACCGGGAGGAAGAACGUGUGUAGGUGAUGGCGGACGUGUUUAGCGGGAGGAUCCUUGUCAACAAGGAUGGAGACACGGUGGAGCCCGAGGACGUGCUUCAGAACAAGGUGGUGGGAUUGUACUUCUCGGCAGGCUGGUGCUCCCCUUGCAGGGACUUCACUCCGCUCCUCUGCGACUUCUACACGGAACUAGUGGAAGAGACCCAUCCGCCAGCGCCCUUCGAAAUAGUCUUUAUCUCCUCUGACCGCAGCCCAGAGGAGAUGGUAGAUUAUAUGCACGACAUGCACGGGGAGUGGUUGGCCCUGCCUUUUCACGACCCUUUCAAACAUGAUUUGAAGAAGAAGUAUAAUAUCACAGCCAUACCUAAGUUGGUGGUGGUGAAACAGACAGGAGAGGUCAUCACUGACAAAGGACGGAAACAAGUAAGAGAACAAGGACUUUCCUGCUUCCAAAACUGGCUGGAAGGAGCCAAUAUCUUUCAGAAUUUUUCUUACUGAAUUUGGAAAUAAUGUCAUAGAAGGCAAUAAGAGACUUUAGGGUGUGAUCAUCAUGCCAUUUUCAUAGUUCUGAAGAUUAUUCUUAUCAUAAUGAAGGCAAAAGUAAAGGUUAAAAAUACUAAUUUUCCAUUAUUUAUUAGUAUUUGUAUUAUCAUAUUUCAUGACAGAGGCAGUAGGAAUGAGUAUUAAGUAAAUUUUUCUCAGGAAAAAUAUCUCCCCUAUUCUGAUUAUAUAGGUUUUUAAAAAUUAUUUUUGUUAUUCUUAGGGUAAUUCUGUUAAUGCUUAAUGAAUCACUCCUGAAUGAUAGCUGAUUGGAUAGACUAGUAUGUCAGUCUUGAAAAUCUAUGCAAAAAUUGACUUUUGUAGGUCUGUUCAGUAAAGCAAUAUAUUUCUUGAUAUUACAGAUUUCUGUUUAUUAAUCUAUUUUAAUAAUACAAAAUGACAGUAUAUUAAUAAAGUUUAUAGUUUGCUUUAAUAAACAAACCUAUUUCUGUAUUAUAUGUCUCUAAUUAUUGCUUUUAUAAUUUCAAGCAAAUGACAUCAGAGAGUAAUUGAAUAAAUGAAUUCCCCACACUGGUCUAUUGCCACUUUCUUCCUAAAGACCAUAUAUUCUUUCUUCUCUUGAAAUGUCUUCUUUCCCUUUUUCUUUUUCUGAAAUUUUGAAUAAUUAAUCAUCCUACUGUUUUAAUAUCACUGUGUUUUGGAACUAGAAAGCACUUGAUAUUUUAGUCAUCCACAACAUCCACACGUUCAAUAUAAAAGAAAAAAAUAAAGUGCCUACUAUAUAAUCCUCCUCCUCCCCUUUUUUCUCUUCCCACUGGAACCUUGGGUGCUGAGAGCCAUGAGAUAAACCUUAUCUUGCCCCAAAUAAGGAUUCACUUAUCACUUCUUAAAUACCAUUUCCAAACUUUUGUACUCUUCCUUUCCAGAUCUCCUUUAUGUGUUGUCUUGUUUUGUUAAAAGUUAAGCAUAAUAAAGACAAAGACUCACUUGCUUGUGUUUGUAACCCCACAGCUUAGCACAGUGACUGACAUAUAGUAAA